AUGAGUGGUGCCAUGUCCGCGCCCAGGAUGCGAACCAGCGAAACCCUGGGCUGCCACAGUGGAGCGCGUGAACUUAACUACUCGACCACUGGGCCGGCCCCAGGAAAGUAUUUUUUAAUCUCAAUUCUUCUGAAGGCAUGAAAGGACACACUUGAUAAAAAAACCUCUGGAGUGUAAACAGUGUGAGAAAGACUUUAAUUCCCCACAUCCAUUUAGGUGAAACUUCCACCAAAAAGAAAUAUAAAUGGAAGAUGAAAAACAGAUAACAAAAUGGAAAUAUCUUCUCCAUCUCUCAAUGCUUGAGGCUGAAUAUCCACAGAACUUUUCUUCCUACAUUGGAUGGGAGACUGACGGAUGAUGCUACUGCCCAGCAGUGUUCCCCCUUGUAUCAUGACCACUGGUUGUAAACUGGGUGCUUCUUUCCUGUUUUCACUGAGAUCACUCAUGGUUCUUUGGCUCUGUCCCUCAGUUUCCCUCUGUCAGAUGGCCUCCCGGGAUGCUUCUGUUCCUGGGUGUGGUGGAGUAAUUGCUGAAGUUCAGAUGGACUUGGGUGGGGCUGUUUGACUCAGAUGACAUCAAAGGUGGGUACUUCCUCAGGGAAUAGGGACAGGAAAUGGUCAGAAAUAGUAUCUGUGCAGACUAUAUGGAGAGGAUGCAUGUCACGGAGUGAUUCCAACAUUGUCAGAAUGAACGUUAUUCUCUGGUAUCAUAGACUCACCUAUCAGGGAGAUGAUUAGCCAGAGAAAACCCAGACUUCUGAUAAGUGUCUUUAUAGGUGGAUUAAAUAGCGUAACCACAGGUAGGGGGUAGAUCACGACCAUGGAGAGUGGUUUAACCAUGAGUGAGAAAGAGUCUUUGCUUAUAUUUUCCAUGGGAUACAAGUAUUUUCGUGUGAGAAACACUUUCUAAAGUUAACCAUUCUGAGUACCCAGAAGUCACUUUUCUUCUGAAAUGAGGGAUUGUUUUGGCUCUCAAUGCUCUUAUGCUGAAUCUGACUGAAGAGCUGUAAGGAUGCCCACCUAAUGCACCCCUGGUAUUUUACCAAAACUAAUGGGUUUGCCUCUUGACCAGAGCAGAGCAGAAAAGCACAACCAAGGCAGAAGUAGGUGAAGAAAGGUUUAUUACUUGCACAAGCAAUGCAGAACACCAGGGAUGUCUGCCAAAGCAGUGUCUCCCCAAACAAGGGUUUAAGCGGGUCCCUUUAUUAAGUCUUAGUGCAGUUCAUGAAUAUUCAGUUAAGGAAAAGGCAGGAGAUCAGGGUUUAUUGCCUAACAGUCAUGUUCCUUUAAGCCUCAUGCAUAGAUGUACACACGGUACUAUGUAUAUUGCAUAAUCUAGAAAUGGUCGCUUGGUCCCUCUCAGAGGAGAAGAAUUUAAAAUGUUAUUGACAUUAUAAUAGGGACAGUGCAGUUUGAGGCGGCUAGAACUGGCUUCAGCUAGCUUGCUUGUGGGAACCUUCUGUGGUUAGGCUCUUCCUGAAACUUUCUGUCUGCAAAACACUCAACGGAUAAUAGUUUUGAUGAGAUCCUCUGUACUCUUUCUUUGCCUAGUUCCCUGGUCACAGUGUCUGUGCCUGUGUGCGUAUCUGGCAAAACUGUCAGACUCCAGCUGUCAACAAAGAUCAACAUGGAGAGAGACUAAUUAUUGCAUACGGACUCAGUAGCCAUUGAGGAUGUGGCUGUGAGCUUCACCCCAGAGGAGUGGGCUUUACUGGAUUCUUCACAGAAGAAACUCUACAGAGAAGUGAUGUGGGAAACCUUCAAGAACCUUGAAUCAAUAGUCUGCAUUUCAGGACGAACAAGGGAAAUUCUUCGUAUUGAAGAUCAGUACAAAAACCAGGAGAGAAAGCUAAGAAAUCACAUGGUAGAGAGAGACUGUGAAAGUGAAGAGGGCGGUGAAUGUGGAGAAAACUUCAGCCGUAUUCCAAAUCUCAAUCUGAACAAGAAAACUACUGCAGCAAAACCAUGCAAAUGCAGUGCAUGUGGAAAAGUCUUCGGGCAUCAUUCAUCCCUUAGUAGGCAUGUUAGAUGUCACACUGAACACACACAUGACUAUCAAAAAUAUGGAGAGAAGCCAUAUAAAUGUAAGGAAUGUGGGAAAGCCUUCACUUUUCCCAGUGUUCUUCAAAGACAUGAAAGAACUCAUACUGGAGAGAAACCUUAUGAAUGUAAAAAAUGCAGUAAAGCCUUCAGUAGAUUCAGUUCUCUUCAAAGACAUGAAGGAACUCAUACUGGAGAGAAACACUAUGAAUGUAAAAAAUGCAGUAAAGCCUUCAGGUCUUCCAGUUAUCUUCAAAUACAUGAAAGAAUUCAUACUGGAGAGAAACCCUACGUAUGUAAAGAAUGUGGGAAAGCCUUUACAUCUCUUUCAAGUCUUCAGUCACACAUGAUCUUUCACACUGGAGAUGGACCUUAUAAAUGUAAGGAAUGUGAGAAAGUAUUCAUUUCUCCCAGUGCGUUGCAAAAACAUGAAAAGAGGCACACUGGAGAGAAACCCUAUGAAUGUAAAGAAUGUAGGAAAGCCUUCAGUUCUGUUAAAGGUUUCCAAAUACAUGAAAGAAAUCAUACUGGAGAGAAACCAUAUGAAUGUAAAAAAUGUAGUAAAGCAUUUAGUUGUCUUAGUACUCUUCAAACACAUGAGAGACACCACACUGGAGAGAAACCCUUUGAAUGUAAGGAAUGUGGGAAAGCCUUUAUUGCUCUCACAAACCUUCGAUUACACAUGGUCACUCACACUGGAGAUGGACCUUAUAAAUGCAAGAAAUGUGAGAAAGUAUUCAUUUAUCCCAGUUCAUUCCGAAUACAUGAAAGAAGUCACACUGGAGAGAAACCCUAUGAAUGUAAAGAAUGUGGGAAAGCCUUCAGUUUGUACACUAACUUAAAAAUACACCAAAGAACUCACACAGAGAGAACAUCCCAUGUAUGUAAGGAAUGUGGUAAGGCUUUUAUUUCUCUUCAAGCUCUCCAAAUACAUGAAAGAAAUCACACUGGGGAGAAACCCUAUGAAUGCAAACAAUGCAGUAAGGCGUUCAGUAGACUCAGUUCUCUUCGAAGACAUGAAGGAACUCAUCCUGGAGACAAACCCUAUGAAUGUAAAAAAUGCAGUAAAGCCUUCACUUCCUCCAGGUCUCUUCAAAUACAUGAAAGAAUUCAUACUGGAGAGAAACCCUAUAAAUGUAAGGAAUGUGGGAGAAUCUUUACUGCUCCCUCAAGUCUUCGAUCACACAUGAUCUUUCACACUGGAGAUGGACCUUAUAAUUGUAAGGAAUGUGAGAAAGCAUUCAUUUCUCCCAGAUCAUUUCAAAGACAUGAAAGAACUCACUCUGGAGAGAAACCCUAUAAAUGUAAAAAAUGCAAUAAAGCAUUCACUUCUUCCAGUUCUCUUCAACUACAUGAAAGAACUCAUACUGGAGAGAAACCCUGUGAAUGUCAGGAAAAUCUGAAAGCCUUUAUUUCUCAUGAAAACUUUUGAGGAUAUGCAAGAAUGACACUAGAGGAAAAACCAUAUAAAUGUAAAGAAUGUAGGAAAGCCUUUUGUCAUCUGAGUUCUUUCUGAGGGAUGGAAGGGUUCACUUGACAAAAACCUCUUGAAUGUAGAUACCAUGGGAAAGAUUUCAGUUGGCCGACAUCCUUCUAUGUGAAAUCCCCACCAAAAAGAAAUAUAAAUGUAAGUCAUGUGAGAAAGCUUGAUGGAAAUUAAUUUGUAUAAUAUUCUAGAAAACUUUCAACAUGAAAGAGUUGUUAUAAAAGUUGUAAAUAUAUUGUGCUUAGCAAGCCUCUUAAACUGCAACAAUGGAUUCUAGAUUUCUACUAAUUACUUUCAGAAAUGAAUAUUGAGGUGAGAUAAUUUUGCAAGUCAUCUUUCAUCUUAGAGUACUUUUUCCUUAAAUCAGUUAAUAAUAUUUUCUCUUUAAUUUUUUUAAUAAUGUUUUAAUUGUUCUGUGUUAAGGGACCAUUGAAAAAUGAUAGUUUCUGUUUGUUGGAAUUUUCUUACUGGCUUUGCAUUGCCAUCCUGGAAAUGCCUAAUCCAUUGUAUAUAUUGUUCCUUUCUUGGAGAAAGGUCCUGUUUUGGGGUGGUGGGUAUAGCUGCCUUCUUUUGUUUUCUGUACUGUUCAACAGUUGGAAUAAAUUUUUAUGUAUGGCAAGUUUA